ACCUUGGAUUUCAUUUUAUUUAAUUAUUUAUUGAUAAAAAAUAAGUCUUUAUAAACUCCUUUUUAAGUUCUUAUACUUUUUUUUACGUGAGAUCUUAAACAUUAAAAACUAUUCAACAAUUUUCUUUGACUGGUAUAGGAUAUUUGGAUGGAUGGGCAAUGGUUUCUAUUCCUCUCUCAUAAUUUUCUUCCUCAAUAUAAUAAUCUUCUAUGAUCAAGCUCUCCGCAUGGGAGGACAGACUGCUGAUAUGGCUGCCUUGGGCACUACAAUGUUUACCUCUAUCAUAUGGGCCCUCAACUGCAUUGCACUCACUGUGAGCCACUUUACAUGGAUCCAACACCUCUUCAUCUGGGGCAGCAUAGUCACUUGGUAUUUGUUUCUCUUUACAUAUGGCAUGCUGUCUCCCACAAUUGCUGGUAAUGCCCACCAGCUUCUCGUGGAAGCCCUUGCUUCCGCACCCAUCUAUUGGCUAGCUACCCUCUUAGUAACAGUUGCUCAAAAGACGUUGAGGAUAAACGCAUGUGGACUAGGGAGCUCUAAGGCAAGACAGAAAACCAAUCUUGGGUUCUUAGCACGUGUGGAUGCAAAGAUCAGACAAUUAAGGGUGAAGUUGCAGAGGAAACAACCAUCUCUAGAGCAAGUGCAUGAUAUGAUGUCCCCAAUAUCAUAACAAUGCCCAUUAUUUCAGUUUCCUUUCUUGAAUAUUGUUAGGUAAUUUUUCUUUUGGCCAUUUGUAGUUUUCAAUUGAGGCUUCUUUUUUUUUCUCUUUUUCGAUUCAUUUGUUCAUUUCAUUUAGAGGUUGGCUAAGGUAUUCUUCAUAUAUACUGAAAUCUAGGUAUUGUUAUAUGUACACUACCUAAAAGUAUAAAUAUAUAUAUAUAUAUAUAAGAGAAUUCGUAACUUGUGGAAAGACAGUUAAUAUUUACUAUUUUAUCUCUGAGAUUGGUUUGGGUACAAGCAUUAAUUUUUUUGGCCAGUGUGUAAUGCGUAAUUGAAGCUAGAUAAUUUGCUGGAUAACACUUGCUUGUGUGCUAAGGAAAUUAGGAUUUUUAUGGUAAACCACACAUGCUCCUUUUUGAAACUUUUUUCCCUUAGGAGAUGCUCUUUAGUGAGAGGAAUGGAAUGGGAUGGCAUUAUAGAAUUGAAUAUUUUUAUAAUGAAAAGAAUUGAGAUAA